GCUAACAGUGCUCUUUUCUUUUUCUUAUCCAAUUCUCCCAACACGCACUUGAAAGUCCACACUCGCUGGUGCCCUAGCCUUUUGUAUGCAACAAUUUCAGUUCUAGUUCAAUCCUAAAGCUUGAUAAUAAAUUUCGCUUAUAGUUUUUCUCGUUAUUUGAAAUUUCGCGCGAACAUGGAAUCCGAAGGGCAACGAGCUUCAAAUAACCCAAAGGUCAUGCUCUCGUCUCUCAUAAGCAAGAGAGAGAAGCUACAGGAGGAACUUCGUAACGUUGAGAAACAGGUUUAUGAGUUAGAGACAAGCUAUUUACAAGAAUCGAGUCAAUUUGGGAAUGUGUUGAAAGGUUUUGAAGGGUUUCUUUCUUCAGCAAAAAACACAGCGAACCUAAAGAGGUCAAGAAAGUUUCAGCCUGAAGAUAGGCUCUUUUCAUUGUCCUCAGUUACCUCACCAGCUGCAGAAGAACAAGGAGUUGGAAGAGAUGAUGGAAGAUCAGAUUUUGGUCCAGGUAGGCCUAAGGGCGGGGGCUUAGGCACAAAUGGACAGGGAAAACCAAAGAAAGGAAGAACGGGACCAAGAGAUGGAAGGAAGAUUAGGAUGUCAGGUGAUUUAGACCUUGAUGACGAGGAUGAUCCUGAUUUGAGCUUGAGAUAAUGGCAUUCGUUUGUAAGAUCUGUAAUCCAAACCUUAAAUCUCAUGCCCAAUUCAGUUGAGAAGAUUUUAAUGUUCUAUAAUUGUAGGAUUGCUUCUUGUAGAUGACUAUACUGUAUAAUGAGUUGCACGCGGUGGAAAAACGUCUUUAAUUUAUUUCAUCUAUUUGCAUA